AUGCAUCUCCCCUCGCUUUCCUUGUCCCUGACGGCCUUGGCCAUCGCCAGUCCUUCUGCCGCUUAUCCUCACUUUGGCUCCUCCCAGCCCGUCCUGCACAGUAAUUCCGACACCACUCAAUCGCGCGCAGAUGCCAUUAAGGCUGCCUUCUCGCACGCCUGGGAUGGCUACCUCCAAUACGCGUUUCCUCAUGACGAGCUGCAUCCCGUGUCGAAUGGCUAUGGCGACUCCCGGAAUGGCUGGGGUGCCUCGGCCGUGGAUGCACUCUCCACAGCAGUGAUCAUGCGCAAUGCCACCAUUGUCAAUCAGAUCCUGGACCACGUGGCCAAAAUUGAUUAUUCUAAGACAAACACCACCGUGAGCCUCUUCGAGACCACCAUCCGUUACCUGGGAGGCAUGCUGUCCGGAUAUGAUCUGCUGAAGGGGCCCGUGUCCGACCUGGUGCAAGACUCGUCGAAAAUCGACGUGCUCUUGACCCAAUCGAAGAACCUCGCCGAUGUGCUUAAGUUCGCCUUCGACACGCCUUCGGGGGUUCCAUACAACAACCUCAACAUCACCUCAGGGGGGAAUGAUGGAGCCAAGACCAAUGGUCUGGCUGUGACGGGUACACUGGCGCUGGAAUGGACGCGCCUGUCGGAUCUUACGGGUGACACCACGUAUGCCGACCUGAGCCAGAAGGCCGAGUCGUACCUCCUCAACCCGCAGCCCAAGUCUGCGGAGCCGUUCCCCGGCUUGGUUGGAAGCAACAUCAACAUCAGCAAUGGACAGUUCACGGAUGCGCAGGUGAGCUGGAAUGGUGGCGAUGACUCCUACUACGAGUACCUGAUCAAGAUGUACGUGUACGACCCCAAGCGGUUCGGUCUCUACAAGGACCGCUGGGUGGCUGCGGCGCAAUCGACGAUGCAGCAUCUCGCGUCGCACCCCUCGUCCCGCCCGGACCUGACCUUCCUGGCAUCCUACAACAACGGAACUUUGGGAUUGAGCUCGCAACACUUGACCUGCUUCGACGGAGGUAGCUUCUUGCUGGGAGGCACCGUACUGAACCGGACCGACUUCAUUAAUUUCGGCCUGGACCUGGUGAGCGGGUGUCAUGAUACGUACAACUCGACGUUGACGGGAAUUGGUCCGGAGUCGUUCAGCUGGGAUACCAGCGACAUUCCCUCGAGCCAGCAGUCGCUCUACGAGAAAGCCGGAUUCUACAUUACUAGUGGCGCGUACAUUCUGCGCCCGGAAGUGAUUGAAAGCUUCUACUAUGCCUGGAGAGUUACCGGGCAGGAAACAGUAAGCUUGAGUCCUCAUUCUAUUAGGUCAAUAGUGACUAACAACAUCUUAGUACCGGGAUUGGAUCUGGAGCGCAUUCAGCGCCGUCAACGACUACUGCCGCACCAGCUCCGGAUUUUCAGGUCUGACAGACGUGAACGCGGCCAACGGCGGCAGUCGAUACGAUAA